UUUCCCAAGUUCCAUCACUAGUAUCACUAGUAUCGAUAGUUGGCCAUAACUCCCACCACAAGACAAUAAAAAAUAAAUUUCACGAAAUUGCGUUGCUUUGUGUCGAAAUUUGAAACAAGAGUUUGGCGUAAAAUCUCCCUUUAUUCCAGCCAAAACUACAACUGAAUCGUAGAUUUAGAACACAAGAAGGCAUAGCAAUCCCCGAGACGUGUGUCGGAGGAGGCGGGCGUCGACUUGUUAGCAGUAUUCAGUGGAAAUUCGACAGAGAGUCGUCAGUGUGUCACACUCGGCAUAGCAGCAACAACAAUCGAGAGGAGCGGAACAACAACUAAAAAAUAAAAAACGUGCUGAGCCAAGCGGUAUUUGUUACCAAGCGGAUUCUCAAUUCAUUAAGGAUGCCUAGGCGCGGCGGAGGCGGUGGCCAGCGUUACAACAACAAUAAUGCUGGAAAUGGCGGCAGCGGCGGCAGUGGUAGUGGCGGCGGAUCGCGUUACUCUGCCCUAAAAGACUAUGAUGAUCUGGAGGACCAUCAACGCCGCAAGGACCGUAACAAGCGGCGGGUCAGCUUCAAGCCCUCGCAGUUUCCCAACAACAAGAAGGAUGUUAAGCUGCGCCUCGAGGACUUCCGUCGCUGGGACGAUGAUGACGAUAUGAAUGAAAUGACCACCAAUGCGAAGGAGCGACCCACAUCCCGUCGCCGAGGAUCACCGAUUCCACGUGGAAAGUUCGGAAAGCUAGUCCCGAAUAGCUAUGGCUGGUAUCAAGUGACUAUACACAAUGGACAGAUUUACGACAAGGAGACACUCCUCCGGGCUCUACUGGCCGCCUUGUCGCCGCACGUCUUCAUCCCGCAAUACUGGCGGGCGGAGCGCAGCUGCGUCAUCUUCUUCACGGACGACUUCGAGACCGCCGAGCGCAUCCAGCAACUGGGCCGUCAUGCCCAGCUACCGGACGGUUUCCGUUUGAUGCCCCGCGUCCGCAGCGGCAUACCAAUGGUGGCCAUCGACGACGCCGUCAAGGAGAAGAUGAAAGUGACUAUGGCGAAGCGCUACAAUGUGGCCACCAAGGCCCUGGAUCUCUCCCGUUUCCAUGCCGAUCCCGACUUGAAGCUCACCUUUUGUCCGCUCUUCCGCUCCAAUGUCAUGAGCGCCGUCCUCGACAUUAUCUGCGAGAACAUACCCGAUCUGGAGGCCAUUAAUCUCAACGAGAACGGCAUGUCCGGCAUGGAGGCGUUCAAGGGUGUCGAGAAGCGUCUGCCCAAUCUGAAGAUCCUCUAUCUAGGCGACAACAAGAUCAUUUCGUUGGCCCAUCUGCUCGUCUUCCGCAAUCUUCCGAUCGUGGAGCUGGUGCUGAAGAACAAUCCGUGCCGCAAUCGCUACAAGGAGUCGUCCCAGUUUAUCAGCGAGGUCCGUCGCAAGUUCCCCAAACUGCUCAAGUUGGAUGGGGAGGCUUUGGCGCCGCAAGUGAAUUUUGAUUCGGAAUCGGGUAGAAUUCCCGACACAAAGGCUUCGUUUCUGUGCGACAAUGCCGGCGCCGAUGUGGUGCGUCAGUUCUUGGACCAGUACUUCCGUAUCUUCGACUCUGACAACCGUCAGGCCCUGCUGGAGGCCUACCACGAGCACGCCAUGCUCUCGAUAACCAUGCCAUCGGCCAGCCAGGCCGGAAGCCGCUUGACCAACUUCUGGAAGUUCAAUCGCAAUCUUCGUCGCUUGGUGAACAACGACCGUGAUGACCAUCGCACCCGUUUGAUUAAGAACGGCCGUCUAGCUUGUGUUUCCACUUUGGACGAGUGGCCGAGGACGCUCCAUGAGCGUCGCACUUUCACCGUCGACUUGACUAUUUUUAAUUCCUCCAUGAUGGUGUUCACAGUUACCGGUCUCUUCAAAGAAUUCAACGGCGAGUCCAGCACUCCCGCCUCAAUGCAGUCCUACGAUCUGCGCCACUUCGCCCGCACCUUUGUGGUGGUGCCCCAGAACACCGGCUACUGUAUCCGCAACGAGACCAUCUUUUUGACCAACGCCACCCAUGAACAGACGCGCGAAUUCAAGCGCUCUCAGCACCAGCCGGCUCCCGGAGCCGUUGCCUCGACCAGUGCCGCCGCAUCGACCAGCUCCAUGCAGAGCUCCAUGCCGAGCAUAUCUUCCAGCAGCUUGCAGAACCGUCUCAAUCAGGGCCAGGCCCCCGGUCAGGUUGUGGCCAUUCUUCCGCCCGGCCCCAGUGCUGUGGCCAGCGGCAGUGCCGCCAUGGGAGCAGCCGGACUGCCGCAGGACGAUGCCACCAAAAUGCAAAUGGUUCAGGCCAUGAGUGCGCAAAGCCAGAUGAAUUUAGACUGGAGCCGAAAAUGCCUUGAGGAAACAAAUUGGGACUUUAACCACGCCGCUUUUGUGUUCGAGAAACUUUUCAAGGAAAACAAAAUACCGCCAGAGGCCUUUGUCAAGUAAAUUCACAAAAAACUUACAACCACAACACACAACAACAGUACGAACAGUGGCCGAAUUACACAACAAUUCAACACAAACAAAAACACACACCACACACACACACACACACAAUAAAACAGGGAAAACGAUAUGGAAAACUGGGGACAACACCACCAUACCACCAUACCACCACACAAUUUUGGAUUAGCACAAUAGCCUAGCCCUAAAGAGUCAAUUUGUUUCCGUAUCUCAAGACAGUCCUUAGAUUAGGAAUUAAUUUGUUAUUAUUUUUUUUCUUUAGUUUUACCAUCGUAACCGAUUAUUUGUUUUUUUUCCCAUCUUGGAAAUACUAAAAUGGGGCCGUGCUGAGCCUUCAGAUAGGUUAAUUUAUUUCUCCUUAAAUAUCCGCGCGCUCAGAUCUGGUUUUGUGGCGCGGAGGCAUCCUUGUUGGAACCAUCCCCCCUCUAGUUUAAAUUGUUCUAGUUGUGCUAAGAGAAAGAAACUUAUAUAAAAUAUAACACAAACCACUUCAAAAUACUUAAGAACACUUAAGAGUUAUAUAAAAUUAAACCAAAGCCACGGCAGGAGCUGAACAGGACUGAGCUCCACCGUCGCAAAACACACAUAGAAUUGUGUCCUGAUCCCGAUCCCAAUCCCGAUCCAGGACCCAAAAACCCUUUCCCCAUAUCCUGUAGCCAUAAAUUUUUGUAUACAAAACUGCACCGAUCCCCUCUCGCCAAAACACGAAUAGGAAAAGCAUUGUUUAUAAGCAAAUUCGAAAAUUAUGUAUGUUUAUUAAUUUUGGACAAGCAAUAAAAAAAAUGACCACAUUGUAAA